UGACAACAGUCAAAUUUAUCUUCUUAACACUGUUGACUUGGAUGGUGCUGUCCGGCACGUGGCUCAGCCUGAACCGCCGCGAGCUCAGGCUGUACGGCCACGGCGGUGAGACGAAGAGCUUCUGCUCAAAUGCAUCGUAUAAAAACGCUGUUGUUCACACAUCACAACUGACAGUGACAUGUGAGAGAUUUCUUGGAAUAUGGGGCGAGAUCACAGAAGACUGCAGUUCCUUUGCUUCUCUGCCCGCGAACGUGACGUUUGUCAGGGGCUGCGUCAACACCUCCGAGCGAGCACGUGACGAGGCGCGAAACAGAAAGAUCUGCAUAUAUGAUAUUCAGCAGCUGUGGGCGUACUUCCAGUCAAAGACCAGCUGUCUUUUACAUAGAACACAAAUAAUGUCAGAGUGUUCCAAGGAGACAUUUCUCACACAAGCAGGCAGAGUGAAGAGUGUGCGACCUUACGCCAGCAGAUGGAAGGUAGAAGCUGGCCUUCUGGCAACUGUGCUACUGUUCGGAACCUACAUGAAAAGAAUGACGCCAUCAGCGAACAGCGCUGCUCCUGUUAGUGACAGUAACUCCACAAUGAUGAUGCUUUUAAUCAUGACACUGCACCGCCUCUCCCCGCCAGUCAUCCAGCAGCCCUACAUUACUGUGGUCAUCUCUUCUGCAGUGUGUCUCUCUUAUGCUUUGAUUAGAGCUGCAAACGUGUCCUUGGCCUGCAAAGUUGCCUGUAAGAUGAUGAAAGGGCUUUGUCUGUUGCGGCAGCGGCUCUGGAGUCUGCCUUUUACUUUCAUGUUGUUGUGGUUUCCAUGUAGGCUACUUUUUCUCGACAAGAUUGAAGACAACGAUUUUGGAUCGACAUUAAGAUACUGGGCUUUGUUGGAACUGCUGGUGACUUUGUAUUGUAUGUCCAUCUUACUGCCCAGUUUGUUGCAGUUUAUCCUGAUGAAACUGGAUUUUUUGAGUGUCCAUUUACACGUGCAACUGGUAACAUGUCUUCAGAAUUCAAGGGUGCCCACAAAGUAUGUUCUGGUUAUGAAGAUUCACAGGUUCAUCUGAAGUUGUUUUUCUCACAUCUUUGAUUGUACCAUUAAUCUGUCAUGAUAUUAUUAAAUUUCAGUGUCCAAUGGUAGAAAAAGUCAAAUAGGUUUUAUAUUAUUUAGUGUUUCUUAAUAGCAGACACUGAAGUCAAGGCAGCUCUGCAAAUGCAUUUGUACAAAUUUCAUUUUAUUUAAAUAAAUGUCUCAGAUGUGUUAA